UUGAAGUCCAAAGAGCGUCCGACAUGCAGAGUCCCAUUUGUCCAAAUCGUAUAUCAGAUUAACCCUGAGAGAGGUUUACCGAUCAUGUGUGAUGAAAUUGGUUUGCCGUGAAGCGGAGAAGCUAAUUUUCCGUUUCGCUUGUUGCGGUGCGUCUGCUGGUAGAUCACUUCCAAACUUAACAGUCGCAGAACGCGUGGAAGGCAGUGGACUUAAAGGUGAACUGACCGCUGCGCAACCAUGGAAAAGGAAAGCUCGCUGGAUUUGGACCGGGACCGGCAGUAUUGUGAGCUGUGCGGAAAAAUGGAAAACUUACUUAAGUGCGGCCGAUGCCGAAACUCCUUUUACUGCAGCAAGGAGCACCAGAAGCAGGAUUGGAAAAAGCACAGGCGUAUUUGUAAGGAGGCCGAAAAAUCACAGGGUCCCCCGCUGCCCGAUCCGCAGCAGGCGUCUCUGGACGUGAAAGAGGGGCAGCAGCUGACGCAGAAGAACCGCGCAGAGCUGGAGAACUCGGCCUCUCAAAGCUCCUCGUACGGGGAAAGAAUGAGAGAUUUUAUCACGUGCGCGGAGAGCUCGGGCAUAGCUGACAAGCAAGCUGGAGACGGGAUCAACAACAACACGAAACCGAACGGACAAACGAGAUUUCCUCCGCAAAAACUAGCCAUGGAAUAUAUAGUUCCAUGUAUGAACAAGCACGGUAUCUGCGUGGUGGACAACUUUCUUGGAGAAGAGACCGGACAGUGUAUUCUGGAGGACGUAAUAGCCCUCCACAAAACUGGUAAAUUCACGGACGGACAGUUGGUCAGUCAAAGAAGCGACUCUUCCAAAGACAUAAGAGGAGACAAAAUAACGUGGAUUGAAGGAAAGGAGCCUGGCUGUGAGAAAAUAAGUUUUCUCAUGAGUCGCAUGGACGAUCUGGUUAGACACUGUAAUGGCAAACUGGGAAACUACAGAAUAAAUGGAAGGACAAAAGCAAUGGUGGCGUGUUACCCUGGCAAAGGGACAGGAUAUGUGCGGCAUGUGGAUAACCCUAAUGGUGAUGGGAGAUGUGUCACGUGUAUAUAUUAUCUUAAUAAAAACUGGGAUGCCAAGGAACACGGAGGUCUGCUCCGGAUCUUUCCGGAAGGCAAGGCGCAGUUUGCUGAUAUCGAGCCCAAGUUCGACCGGCUGCUGUUCUUCUGGUCUGACCGGCGCAACCCUCAUGAAGUGCAGCCGGCGUACGCCACCAGGUAUGCCAUAACGGUGUGGUAUUUCGAUGCGGAUGAGCGGGCUAGGGCUAAAGAGAAAUACUUAACAGGUGCAGGGGAAAAGGGAGAGAAGGUGGACCUGAAUAAACCCUCAGAUCCCAGCUACUAAGAAGCUGAAGCAGUUGACAGGAUGCUCUGACUGCCGCCAAUGGCGCUGUGGAGAGGGACAGCCGGGAGACAGCGAAAGAGGGCGAGCCGUGGAAAACGGGGAAACGAGUUGUGUUUUUUUCUUUGCUUUCCACCCAGCAUGGCUGCAACAACUGACCUUGAAAGUUGUGUCAUUGUACUGCGAGGACUGUAAUUUUCCACAGCUCUUUAAUGUGCAGAAUGCUGGCAUGAAGGUUAACAUGGAAAAUAUCACUUGAUACAGGAACCAAUCUGUUCUCUCUGUCAGUGGUAAUCUGAGAAUUCGCUCUGCGACAGACAGCUUCUCAUCUGUUGUGUUUACAAUCCUGUGUCCUGGUUUCUUGGUUGAGAUUUAAAAGAAAAGGUACAAUUAAAUGUAUACGCAUUGGAAGAGGAUGUUGAUACUCUUCACACGGUUGAAUUGAGUUGUUUUCAGAGAUGUUUGCAUUGCGGCUAAAUUGCAAAGCAAAGCGAGUUAUCAUGCAUUUUUGCCAAGACCUCAGAGAGUUUGUGGCUUUCCAGUUGCCUGCUUGUGUGGGUCAUGCUGCCUUUGUGUGCUCCUCCCUUUAACUGACUUGAAACUGUUGCUUGGUAACGCGGAGCUACGUCCGCCCUGCUGCACAGGGAUAGUGUUGUCUGUCGUGGCAGACUUACAGUCACCGUUGUCUUAAACCAAAACCAACAUCUUCUACCUAUUUUCACAGCUCUAUGCUUAGAAUGAAAAAAGAGGGUUUUCUAACUGCAGUCUGAAUUUGCAGACUGGUCAGUAUUUUGUUUUUCCUGCCCAGCCCCAAUCUGCCCC